AUGUCAGAUACUGAUGUUCUUCUGCUUAAUCUAGAAGUUGAGGCUGCCGCGGCACGCAACGCUGACCUCUCUAGGCGACUUGAAAUGAUAACAGAAGAACUGGGGUGCUCUUCUGUACAUAUGACGGGCAAGCCUGAACUUGUUUCGCAGGGGACACAGACGGGGUUUGAUAUUUUGCGUGAAGUUGCGCUGAAUUUGGAUGAUCUCCUGUUUGAAAUUGCGGAAAUAAUGUUUCGUCUCUACCCCUCAACUCCUAUCGAUUUGUCAAUACGUAGGGGUGACGGAUCGAGGAAUCUCGAAGAACUCUCGCAUCGUUGUUUGGGUGAGAUGCGUUCACUUCGAGUUGCAUGGGAAACAAAACUGGAAGGCUAUAACACUUUCAUAGAGGAGCUUCAACGAGCCAUUGGUUCAUACUACAGAUCUAUGGAGGAAAUGGAAUCCCAAAUGCAAGAAAAGGAAUUGGAAUUUGUUGCUCUCCAAAAACACAAUGUCGAACUGUCGCGUCAAUGUGCUGAUAUGGAAGCACAGCUGAAGGCCGCUCGUGAAAAAAAUGAAAGCUUUAGAGAAAAUAUAGCGUCUCAGAUGCGGCGGACGAGAGAUCUUGAGGAAGAAAGAGAUCAACUUCUCAAAAGGGAAACGGUUCUUGCAAAUACGGUGGCUUCAUUGAGGGCCGAGUGUGUCUUGGGGCCGUGGAAGAACACGGUAACUAAGAGGGAUACUUUAGUUGAAAAUUCGGGUGACUCUUUCAAUUUAUUGCCGGUACGAGAGAGCGCAAACCCCGUUGUAGGCGCCUGUGCUGGGAUUGGAGUUGCGGAUCCUGCGCUUAAUGCGAUGUGGGCUUGUCAGGGUUCUGCUGUUAAUAGAGCUUUUCCUGAGUGGUGUGUUUCCGCGGAAAAAGUUGUCGAUUUUUCUUGCAAAAUGAGGAAUUUACGCUGA